CAAUCUGAAUCCUCCUAUCAUCUAUUUCGCAUUUCUUUCUCUUUUUAUUUUAUUUUUUCUUCUUACCAUUUCUUUGUAUAAAAGAGAGUGAGAGAGAACGGGGUUGCAAUUCGUUAGAGAUUGGCCAUGGCGUCGCCUUCAUCUUCUGAAGAAUCUCAAAAUCAACAACAGCAACAGCAGCAGCAGCAGCCGGUGAAGGAGAAGGAGAAUGAGAAGGAGAAGGAGAGGGAAAAGGAGAAGGAGUGCGUAUACAAAACCAAACUUAUUCAAUUUCUUGGACGCACAACGCCUAUCGUCCUCCAGAAUGAUAAUGGCCCUUGUCCUCUCCUCGCCAUAUGUAAUGUUCUCUUGUUGCGAAACAACUUAAAUUUGGGUCCAGAUGCAACAGAAGUAUCGCAGGAGAAAUUGUUAUCUCUGGUUGCUGAACGGUUAAUUGAUUCAAAUAGUAAUGUCGAUAACAAAGAUGCUGGUUUUGUUGAGAAUCAACAACAGAACAUUUCUGAUGCCAUUGAUCUGCUGCCACGGCUAGCAACAGGGAUAGAUGUAAAUAUUAAGUUUAGGAGGUUUGAUGAUUUUGAAUUCACUCCAGAGUGUGCCAUUUUUGAUUUGUUGGAUAUUCCUCUAUAUCAUGGUUGGAUAGUUGAUCCCCAGGAUGAUGAUACUGCUAGUGCAGUUGGUUCCAAGUCCUACAAUGCUAUUAUGGAGGAGCUCGUUGCUCUGGAAACACAACGCAUGGAGCAAAGUAAGAACAAUCCUGAAGAUGAUUGUAUUGAUUUCGUAGCAGCAACAACAGCAACGCUUGGAGUACCAUCUCCAUGUCUUUCAAAAGCUCGAUCCUUUGAUGAGUCACCUCGUUCAGUCUCUGAGGAGCAAAGAAUGAGAAAAGGGGAUCUUGAAGAAGAGGCAGAAUUAUUGAGAGCCUUGAAACUGUCUGAAUCUGAAACACCAACCUCCAUGAGUAAUAAUGGUGUUGCCAAUUCUGAGGGUCCAGACACUACCUCCACCAAAUUGGAUGGGGAGCCAUCUCCUGUAAAGGUUUCAGUCAUAGAUACUGUGGAGGAGACCAUAGUAAAAGACAUCUGUGCUGAAGACAAAAAUAUUAACCAGCUGCCAGAAUCAUCCAUAGUAGAUGCUGGCAAAACCUCAUUGAGUAAGAGCAAUGAAGAUAUGUCACCGUUUCCAAUUGUACAAGGACAAGUAAGUUCUUCACCAUUGAAAACGGAUGCGGAAAAGCACCUUGAUCAGUCUGUUGAGGAGUCUGAAGGGCAUAAACUUUGUCAGAACUUGUUGGAGAAGGACAACCACGAGACAUUAGUUGAGACUGCUCCUAGUUCUGGAAAAGAGGCUCUGUUUGUAAAUGUGAGUCCUGUGGAUAUUUCUCAGACGAAUGAUAAAAGCCCUUUGCCAGCUUCUUCUGAAAUGGUUGAUCAUAGACCGGGUGAUAUGGAAGACCCAGUUAAACUAUCAGGCCUAUCUCCAUCCGUUACUUCUACAGAUUCAGCUGGAGUUGAAAUUCAAUGUAUAGAUGUACCUGAAGCUUUGACUUCAACUGUUGGUAGUGAGCCCAUUUAUGAAGGAGAGGAAUGUAUAUUGAAUCCAAGAAGCACGGUUCUUGAAAAUCGAGAGCCUGUAUAUGAAGGUGAAGUGGUUCUUGCAGAACAAGGUUGUGGAAGCUCCGUCAAUGCCUGUAAUGCACACUCAAAGGAUGAAAUAAGUCCAAAACAAGGGGAGCUGAUCAGGAAUUUUUUGAAGAAUAAUGCAAGUCAGCUAACUUUUUACGGUAUUUUCUGCUUACAAGAUGGUCUUAAAGAGCGCGAGCUUUGUGUUUUUUUCCGUAAUAAUCACUUCAGCACCAUGUUUAAGCUUGAUGGCCAGCUUUAUCUUUUAGCUACAGACCAAGGUUACAUUCAUCAACCUGAUUUGGUGUGGGAAAAGCUAAAUGAGGUAAAUGGAGACACUUUAUUUAUGACAGGUAAUUUCAAAGAAUUCAAGGUAGAAAAUCAUUCAAAUGAGUCUUGGGAUGAACAUAAUGCAAUGGCAAGCACUGCGGACUAUCUAGCUAGCAUUGACGCUACCAAACAUGCCGGAUUGGAUUUAAAUUCUGACCUGCAACUAGCGAUAGCCCUGCAACAGCAGGAGUUUGAACAACAACCACAGCGGCAAAAUGUACAGCAGCCAUCUUCCGGCGGCAGUUCAAGGCUGGUCGUGGGUCCUCAGGUGCCUAGAACUAGUGGCAAAACCAGUCAAUCUUCUUCCACGAGGACUGAGACCAAAUCGAAGGAGAAGUGCACUGUGAUGUGAAUUUUGGUUUGCAGAUACGAUAGAAGUUUCAUUUUCUUUUUAUUUUGUUUUUUUCCCUGUAAAUUGCUUGUUGCCUUGUCAAUUGAAACACAUGCUGUUGGCUAGCCUAAUUCCUUAUGAGAAUUUGGAUACAGUUUUCCCUAUUGUAAAUAAAUGGAGUAUACAUCCCAUUUCUUUAGGCUCUUAAAA